AUGCGUGAAUAUGCUAUGACGUUGCUGGAAGCCGAAAAUAAAGCAUACACAUCGAAUAGGGACUCUAAAUCUUCAAGCUACAAGUUUUAUUCCACAAUUGUCUCUUCAGGUACCCUAAGUGACAAGAUAUCGGCUUUGACCCUUUCGGUACAAGAAUCACCUCUUCACAAUACACAGGCAUUGGAAAGUUUGGUUGGUUUGUCCAAAAAGCGGAGCAGAGCCCAAGCCGUGGAAGUGUUGCGAUCGCUGAAGGAUCUGUUUGCACAAGGCACUCUACUUCCCAGUGAUCGAAGAUUGAAACAUUUUGUUAAUCAACCUGCCUUGGCCGCUGCACUAUCGGAAGCAGGUGGCCACUGGGACAUCGGCGAUAAGCUUCCGAAUCAAAUUGAGAAAAGCCAUUUGAUUAUGUGGGCAUUUGAAGAUUUUCUCAAAGACCAAUACUUCGAGGUAUUGAAGGUUCUUGAAGUUUGGUGCAAUGAUGAAAUCGAAUUUUCUCGAUCCAGAGCUCUGAGUUACGUUUACGAGCUUCUAAAGGAAAAAUCAGAACAGGAAUCCAACUUGCUACGCCUUUUAGUGAACAAAUUAGGCGACCCAAGCAAGAAAAUUGCCUCACGAGCGUCAUAUCUUCUCCUUCAACUCGAGCAAGCUCAUCCACUCAUGAAGGGAACUAUUGUCUCUUCGAUAGAGUCAGAGUCAUUGUUUCGUCCUGGCCAGAGCCAACACGCAAAGUACUACGGAGUUAUCACUCUAAACCAAACUAUCUUGAGCAAGAGUGAUGAUAAAGUUGCAUCUCAACUUCUUGAUAUCUAUUUCCCCCUCUUUGUUGCUCUUUUAAAGCCCAAGAAAGACGUUCAUGCCCAAAAGAUACUUAAAAAGAAGGGGAAACACUCCAAGAAGGGUAAAAAAGGUAAAGAAGGCAAUGAAGAUGGCAAAGGGGAGGCUCAAGAGGAUGAGCUUCGAGAGAAGCUUAUCUCGGCAGUUCUGGUUGGCGUGAACCGCGCUUAUCCCUUUACUACGUCGAGUUAUGAAUUGCUUUCUAAACAUCUGGAUACCCUUUUCCGUAUUACCAAUUCUUCUAACUUUAACACUAGCAUUCAGGCUCUUAUGCUCAUUCAACAGCUCUCUUCUUCUCAUGCAGUUUCAGCGGAUCGGUUUUAUAAAACACUCUAUGAAUCAUUACUGGAUCCUCGGGUGGCUACAUCAUCCAAACAGUCGAUGUACCUCAACCUGUUAUAUAAGGCCCUGAACGCUGACAUCAACAUUAAACGGAUUAAAGCGUUUAUCAAGCGUCUAGUACAGAUAUUAGGCGUGCACAACCCAUCUUUUAGUUGUGGAGUCUUGUAUCUGAUCCAAAAAUUGGAAACAACUUUCCCAUCUCUGACAGCUAUGGUGGAUCAACCGGAAGAUGCUGAGGACGAUGACGAGGAAGAAGUCUUCAGGGACGUUCCGGAUGAGGAAGAAGAUGAGGUAGACAAGGAAGAGCCUGAAAAGCAGCCAUCGGUAACUCGUUAUGAUCCUCGAAAGAGAGACCCAGAGCAAAGCAACGCUGAUAGAAGCUGUCUGUGGGAGUUGCUUCCAUAUCUAUCACAUUACCACCCCUCUGUAGCUGUCAGUGCUAAACAGCUGCUCCUACAUGAGAAAAUGUCUGGAAAGCCAGAUCUCACGAUUCAUACUCUCACCCAUUUUCUGGAUCGUUUCGUUUAUAAAUCUCCCAAAGCUGCGCCUAGUCUUCGUGGAUCUUCCAUUAUGCAACCUCUUGCUGGCGGUGAUUCUAGUGGUCUCCUGGUAACAUCUGGGCGCAAUACGACACAGCAACCAGUCAACUGCGAGUCGUUCUGGAGAAAGCGAAGCGACGAGGUUUCUGCUGAAGAUGUUUUCUUCCAUGACUACUUUAACCGACUUGGUAAAGACAAAAUGCGUCAAAAAUCUAAGAAGAAAUCUGCCAAGGAUGACGAAGAAGGGGAGAGUGACGAAGAGUCUGAAGUUUGGAAAGCUUUGGUACAGUCACAGCCUGAGCUCGACGGUGAAGGCGUUAGUGACGACGACAUGGACAUGGAAGGCUUUAAUUCCGCCAUGGAAGAUAGUGAUCAUGAUGAUCUAGAGGGCAUGGAUGAGGACAUGGAUGGGGAGGAUCGUGAGAUCGACGAUGAUGUUAUCAUCAAUGACGAAAGCUCGGAGGAGGAGGAAGUAGAGGCACCUUCGGAGGCUGGAAUGGAUAAAUCUAUCGAUAUUGAUGAGGAUGUGUUCAAUUUCGAUCAGUCAGAUGAGGAAGCAUUCCUCGACAGUGACCAGGAGCUACCGUCAGAUUUGGAUGGUGAGGUCGCUGAGGCGAAAGACACAAAGAAGUCUGAUCAGUCGAAGAGAGAAAAGAGACGAAAACUCAAGCAUCUGCCUACGUUUGCGUCUGUUGAAGACUAUGCAGCUUUGCUGGGCAAGGAUGACGACGAAGACUUUUGA